AUGCGCGAUAUUUGUGUAGACAACUUUUUGAUGAUGUGCAAUCCUGACCAUGUUGAAAGGCAUUCAGACAGCUCUGACUUUGAGAAUCCAGAGAAAAUACCUGCCAUAGCCCCAAAAAGUGGCAACCAUCGACUCUUGAACAGCAAAUAUUGCAAUUCAAAGCAAGAAAAACAAUUUUGUAAUGAAUUUACAAUGUUCCAUAAUACUUUAAGCAACAAUGAAAGAAAAACAAGAAGCCAAUCUCAUCGACAAUGCUCCAAUUCAUUUAAUCAUGUAACUAAUUAUGGAAUUAACUAUAAAGUCGAACAUAGUAAAAAAAUAUAUAGCUAUAAUAAUAAAGAUGAUAAAUACUGUAAUAUGGAAAAGGUAAAUGCACGAUCGUUAGUACGGGAUAAAGUUGUGCCUUGUUUGUCAACUAUAUUUAGACGUUCAAACAAUAAUAUCAAGCAUGUGGCAAACAUUGAGGGAGAUAAAACGGAUAUAAUAAAUAAAUGUAACCGAACAUAUUGUUUAAAUUGUAAACGACGAUAUAUGAAUAAGCUAAAUGGACAGCAGAGAGGAUAUUCUGUUCAACCCGUUUACGCGCUUGAGGAAAACGUUCAAACAUCACCAUUCCAGUUAAGCAACGAUCAUGAAUUUAAUCAUAAAGCUAAUCAUUACUCUGACGUUAGUUAUGAUGUCAGUUUGUCAUCGGAAGCGGAAGCGGAAAGUAUUAAAAAUUAUAAAUAUAGAAAAUUUCUUAAGAGCGUUAAAGAUAAAUUAGAAAAAGAGAUACGUAAAGAAUGUGCAGAAUGUAACACUGUAAAUAAUCAACAACAACAAUAUCCAUCUAAAUUACAAAUAAAAUUACCAUAUCAAGUAUAUGCUUCUACUUCCUGUUUGGCAAAUUGCCCUUCUACUAAAACGGAAGGUGUUACAAAAGUAGCAUCGAUUUCCUCGGCAUUUUGGGAUUUUUUUGCACAGAAAAUGAAAAGCAAAAUCCAAAAUCAAGAAGCUUGUGAAUGUACCAAACCUUCUCAACCGUGCAGCCCCACUACUUGUGAAAAUUUAUCGCCAGCAGAAAACCCGAAUAAAUACAAUUAUUAUGAUCAAAUUAAUACGAAUAGUUGCUGUCAACAAACAGAAACAUCUAUCACAGAUUCUAAUACAUCUACUAAAAAGAAAAAUAAAGAAAAUAAAGAUCCGAAGACUAUUUGUAAAUGCUAUCCUAAGAGUAAACAGAAGUCUAAAUCUAAAACAUCACCAUCUGUGGCACAAGAUGAUAAAUCUAAACCUUGCCAAGAAAGCCAUGAUGAUAUCACCAGAGCAAUUUCUGAAAAAUAUAACGGUGAAAUAUUGUGUAUCCACAAUCCUCCUUGCAUUUUAAUCAAUGGUUGUCUUAAUCUACCUCCUCCAAAGUCCAAUGUACAAGGAAAUCUGUGGCCUGUGACUCAAAGCAAAAAAUCUAGUUUUGUCCAAAUGUGUCGAAAAAUAAAACGAUCUAAACAAAAAACUUUCAACAAUGCCAGUCAGUAUCAUCCACCCUACGCGGAGCUACAACAAUGUUUGCCAGAAUUCCGAUCCGAAAAAAUUAUUCAAAGUAUUUGCAACCACGAUCCUCCAUGUGAAAUUGUCCACAGUUGCUACAGAGCAAAGUACGAUUCUAAAUUACAUAAUUCUUGUGUCCAUGUACCAAUGUGCCGAAAGUUGCCAGAAUGUUUAUUAGUUGAAAAAAAUAGUGAACACACAUUGUGUAGGCAUAACCCUAAAUGUGCCGAACUUCCGCUUUGCUCUAGGAAGUAUAUUGUGUUAACCGCGAAGGAGGAAGUCGGGACUCAAGUAAGACAAAAAGUAAAGAUGGUAUGUCGACAUGAGCCGCACUGUUUUAUGAUACCGAAAUGCUUAGCUCAAGCUAUCAGCGGUGACUACAUACCUUACGGUGCAAUACCAGGCUGUAUCCACAACCCACAGUGUGAGAAUGUACCAGCUUGCUGCAGGAAGUCAUUCAAACAAAUGGUUUCUGUUCCAUCUCAGUACCCAAAUGCUUGUCGAAUAGUC